AUGGGAAAUUUCCAUAAUAAAAGUAGUGAAUGUAGAAAUCAAAGGAAAAUAGUGCAUACAGCUCGCGACAGUCAAGCAUUUACGAGUCAGUUCAGUCUAUCUCAUUUCGUCGGCAACCUCAGCGGGCGCUCCUUCGUCAGUGUAACAAGCAGUCAGUCAGUAUACAGCGCAUCACGGCCUUGGUCUCGGGUUUCUAGACGAAGAUGGAAUGAUUCAACAUUAAAGAAUCCACUGGAAGCAAGUAAAACAGCUUGGCCAGUAGCACAUAAAGAAUCUAUAUUUCUGCCUGAAUUUCCCAUAACAACUGACUUAAUACAGAAAGAUUUUGGAAUAGUCAAAACCAUUGCCAAAGGAGCUUUCGGGGAAGUAUACAAAGUACAAAAGCUUAGAGAAAAUAAAGAAUAUGCACUAAAAGUUUUGAACAAGUCACAGAUUGUAAACGAUAAUGCGGUACGUCAAGUGAAAGAGGAGGCCCGUAUACAAGCGGCGGUUGGUCACCACUCGUUCAUAGCCGGCGCGGUAUCGCGGUGGCAGACCAAGAAAAGACUGUAUAUUGUUUCAGAAUACAUUCCCGGAGGAGAGCUGUUAGCUUUGUUAGAUAAGUACGGAAAGUUACCAGAGGAGCUUGUUAAGAUAUUUGUUGCUGAGAUUGCUAUAGCUAUAGAUUUCCUGCAUAACGCUGGCGUGAUAUAUCGUGAUCUCAAACCAGAAAAUAUACUCUUAGAUUCAGACUACCAUAUACAACUAGUGGACUUUGGACUAUCCAAGUGGUUAUCCAUAGGUUCCCGCACCACUACGCUUUGUGGCUCACUCAAAUAUAUGGUUUGGGACUUGACCCGUUGCAUAUAUUAUAAAUGGCACAGUUCGUCGACAGCAUUCGCGACACACAUC